AUGGAUGAAGAAACAGCUGAAAGGGUGAUCAAGGUGUCUAUCUUCACCCCCUUGAUCUAUGUGGGUGUUCUCAUGUCAUGUUUCAUAGCGUUUUCUGUCAUCUAUAGAAAGAAGAAGUUACAGAAACUCACCACCAUAGAACCUAUUUUCCCAGAAAACCAUACCCUGUCACUCUACCAGUUCUUGAAGCUGCAGUACGUCAACCCAGACGUGGCCAAGGAGAACAAGCCGCACGAAAGAGUCAUGAAGGCUGCCCUUUUGAGAAGAGGCGUGGAGGCAAUCAGAAGAUCAUUGAAGUUGAAGGAAGUUGAACCAGUAUUCAACAAGCUCUAUCAAGACGGACUCAUUGGAGACGACGUGUUUAAGAACUUCCAAUUCCAAGCCCAGUUCCAAGAAUUGGAAAUCAAGGAAAUCGUCCAAGAAUGUGAAACAUACAAGAAGGGAUGGGUGCAACAAUUUUUCCCAGUGGCACAAGAAAUUUGCUUCAAUGAAGCAUUGAGAAGAAGAUUGGCUGCCAUGGAUGAAAGAUCAAAGACCCUCUCCAUUCAAUGGCAAUACUUUGUUGAACAGAGUGAAUCUCCAAAGAAGGAAGCCUCACCAGUUCCUGAAAAGAAGCCUGGGGCUAUCAAGGCGUAA